AUUUACAAACUUAUGUUCGUACCAUUUUGCAACAAAGCUUAGAAAAAAUGGAUCAAGUCAAGUUUCUGGGAUGUAUUUAUGGAGGUUGUACAAUUCUUAACAAACGUUUCACACUCUCCUUGUUAAUGUGUAUUGGAUUUACAAUAAUGUUUUCAGGAAUUAAUUUGACUCAAAGAAACAGAUGUUUGAGUUUAUCGCAUGGAGAGAUUGACGAUCCAUUCAUACACCUGUCAAGUUUUUUAAUAGGAUACAUAAUAAUCCAACUUCCAGCUGCUUGGGUUACUUUAAAAUUUUCACCACUUAUUUGGUUUGGCCGAAGUAUUUUUGCACACGCAAUUCUAUUAUUUGCAGUAGCGUUAUUAGGAAGUUUUGGCUACGUAUUUUUGGUAGUAUUGAAAUUCUUUGAAGGUGCUUUAUCAGGAAUAGCAUUUAUAGUUUGCCAUGCUGCUUGGAAAAAUUGGACACCUGCUGCCGAACGGUCCACAUUACUCACUUUUGCUUUGGCUGGAGGGUAUCUUGGUGAUUUCUUUGGAUUAGUUAUGUCUAUAUUUUGUGCAUCAUUACCAUUUUGGAUGUUUGUAUGUUGUAUUAUUGGGAUUUUUGGUAUAAUAUGGUGGUUAGUUUGGGAGCGUACAGUGUAUGAAACACCAAAUAAACAUCCGACCAUUAGUAAUGAAGAACUUAAUCAAAUCCAUCCCCUUAUUCAAGAUGAAAUUCGACCAACUGAGGGUGUAUCAUGCAAAGAAAUUAUUUUGUCAAUACCAUUUCUGGUCUUGGUAGCUGUUAACAUUUUAAGAGCUUGGAAUUUAAGGUUUUUAAUGUAUCGCAAAGAGGAUAUGAUCAUUACAAGUUUUAUAAGAUUCACUUCAUUUCCAUUAUCUGGAUAUUUGGCUGAUGUUUUAGUACGAAAAACAUCAUUAACAAUAACUAAUGUUCGAAAAUUAUUCGUUAUUGGUGUUACUUUGUUGGAAGCUGUUUUUUUCUUUACAUCAAUGUAUCAUGACCAUUUGAACAAUGCAAAUUGGUUGUACUGGGUUUCAUUUUUAAUGCAGAUAUUAUAUCAUGUCGCAAUUAGUGCAGUCUGCGUAAAUGCUGUCGAUAUAGCACCAAGUCAUGCUGGUGUUACAGCUGCGAUUAUGAAUAUAAUUUUUCACAUAAUUGUGUCAUUUGGAUUCAAAAUUGAAUUUUAUUUGCAUGAAAGAGAUUGGACUCGUUUGGUAGAUUUCAUAUCAAUAGUCGGGCAUUUAAUUGUUGGAGUACUAUAUGGAAUUUAUGGAACAGCAGAUCCUAUCACCGUGAAAGGAUAAUAAUACUUAUAUUAUUUAUAAAUUGUAAGGCUGUAACAUUUAUUAAUUAUUUUUAGAUGAUAUUUACAAAAUAAUUUAUUGGUUCGCUACGAGUAUGAUACCGUGAUUAUUCCAUCUUGCCUGUGCCAACAGUCACAGUGUAUCCCAUUGCUUAAGUGGUUUGUCACAGUUUAUUUUAUUUCAAGAAUUGGAUAUUUGCUUACUGGAAUAGUUUAUGGAAUUUAUGGAACAGCGAAUCCUGUCACUGUGAACUAAUAAAACGUUCCA